AUGAAGAGAAGGCGACUAAUCUACCCACUAUCCUCAACUAGGUUCUCUACCUACCCCAACCUCUUCUCCCCCAUCUCAUAUCGCGGAUCAACCAGACGUGCCGUAACGGACUUUCGCUCUUCAGAACCGCAUGUCUUCCCUACUUCAGGUUGGGAGAACAUCGACCCUUGCGUGCCAGUUGAGGAAGAGUCAAUUCCGACCUACAGGCCCGAAAACUUCUAUCCCGUCCGCAUCUGGGAAGUAUCCAACCAUCGCUACCAAGUCGUCGGCAAGUUAGGAUAUGGAUCCAGCGCCACGACUCUCAGGGACCGUGUUUUUUACUUCUCACGCCCGUUGCCCAUAUCGUUUGUGAUGCCUGUGCUCUGUAAUCUCGGCAAGGCUCGACUGGGUGUUGAUCAGCAACAGGGCAACAUCAUGCCUGAUGUCUACCGGGCAUCGGAGGUUAUAUUGGGCAUGAAUUGGCAUUACAAAGUUGAUAUUCGGAAUCAUCGUCAUCUUUUUAAAGCUCGGAAUCCCGAAGGGAGGCUGGAUGAUGAAUACCAUCUUGCAGAAAUGCAGGCAGUCUUAGGAUUUCCUCUUCCUGAGUUUCUCGCUCGAAGCGAACGCAGUCUCCGGUUCUGGGAUAAGAGUGGGAAAUGGAAAGGCGCAGCUCCCCUCCCUGAUAAGACUAUCGAGGCCCUGGAAGAGAGGCUCCGAGGUGAUGAGAAGGACGAUUUUUUGCGCUUUCUCCGACGCAUGUUAUCUUGGCUGCCAGAGGAAAGAGCCACUGCAAAAGAUUUGUUGUUUGACCCUUGGUUAAUGCGCGGUCUCUUCAGGUGA